CCAGGUGAUUGUGACAGGGGGGAAUGGACAAUUAUAUAGUGUCCCAUCUGUGUCGAUGGGGGCCGCUCAGAUGUUACUACCUCAUGGUCAGCUGUUGAAUGUCGCAAAGUCAUCAGGUGUCUUUGUGGAGAAAAGACAGCAGACAAUCAUCACAUCCAUAAAAGACAGUGAUGGCACUCAUAGUUUAGCUGCAGUGGCAGCUCAGAAUGUCACUGGUAUUAAAAUUCACAGGAAAAGUCCUCCUGAUGUAUUUGAGCCUCCAGUGAAGCCACUUCCGCCUGGGGCACCAACCUGGGCUCUGAGACUGCGCCGGUGUGAGAAGAUUGGUGACUCGUACCGUGGUUACUGUAACACAGAGGCAGAGCUGGAAGCCAUUCUGCUUCUACACAAGCAGCAGACCCACGCCGUGUUUGGCACCCGUCAGUCACCCUCACCGGCUAAACCUGCCACCAGACUCAUGUGGAAAUCACAGUAUGUGCCGUACGAUGGCAUUCCCUUUGUUAAUGCAGGAAGCAGAGCCAUUGUGAUGGAAUGCCAGUUUGGUCCACGGAGGAAGGGCGUUCAACCUAAAAAAGGGUCUGAGCAAGAAACAAAUCAAAGCAUCCUCUACAAAGCAACCUGCCCUGCCAGAAUAUAUAUCAAAAAAGUACGAAAAUUCUUGGAGUACAAGGUUCCAACAGAUCCCAAAGUGGACAAGAAGGUAGUGCGGCAAGAGCAGGAGAAAGCCUUCUUCAACCUCAAGAAGACUUUAUGGGAUGUUGGAGGCGUUGAAAGGUAUUACAUCCAGCUUCCCACAGAGAAAGCCCACCUGUACCACGACGUGGACACUGCAAACCUGCCUCCACUUCCAGAGCAGAUCUGCUUCGCAGAGGAACAACAAAAUGAAGAGGAAGAGACAGAGGAGCUGGAUGUCCUGAUGGAAGAUGGGACACCCCUACCCUCUCGACUACACCCGCUCGUUGCAGAGAAGAUCUGUGAGUUGGUGGCACAAGGUCAUAAUGAGGUUUACACUGUCCGCAAGCAGCUCAGGAGGUUUGUGGAACGUGAGAUGUUCAAAUCGGAGGAAGUGCCUGAGAGACACAAUCUGUGUUACUUUCCCACUGUCAUUGACAUCAAGAACCACAUCCACGAGGCUCAGAAAGCUCUUCAGAUGACCACGGGACCAAUGGCUCCCUCAGACACAGAAUGGAAAGCAGAGGCUAAUAACUUGCUUCCGGAGACUUUGACCUUGGCCCUGACUCCUGCUACUGUGGGCGUAUCCUCUCAGAAGGAAGGGCUCCUGGAAGGAAGUGACACUCUUUCUCCAGAGGCUGUGCAGCUCUUCAGCUCUCUCACCUCACUGCAGCCCAAGAUCUUUGCACAUCUCCAGGCAAUCCAGCUACAGCCUGCCUUGUGUCCAGUGGAAGAAACUGCUCAACCUACAGCAGCACCACCAGAAGCCCAAGAGCUGUCCAGCCCUGCACCCCCACAGCCUGUCCUGCUGAGUCCGUCCCACUUCCUGCAGUCGAGUCCCAGUGCUGGUGAAAGCGUAACUGUGUGUGACGGCAUGAGUCAGCUGGUGAGCGUGGCCUCGGCCGCUGACGGUGGCAUCACACAAAUCCUGUUGGAGGAUGGACAGGCCAUUCCUGUCCAGAUUGUAGACCCUGCAAGCAUAACUUUGACUCCCUCAGCGGACUAAACUCCAGUAAAAUAGGAUGGUGGAUGUGUCAGUGGAUGUGUGAGCAGAGUCAGAGGCUGGAAACACAACAGUGGGAAAAGAAAACAACAUUCUGAGCUCUUUGAUCACUGGAGGAUUCAUUCAUUGUAUCCUAUACAGUAUUAUGUGAACAUGGACUUGUAUGCAAUAUUGAUAUGUAGUAUUAUUAUUUUUUCCCCAUAUAUUAUAAUUUCCCAUUAUUGCUAUCUUAAUUUAUUAUGGUGACAACAAGAGAAAAAAGCAAUUUCUCAUUAAAAGUCUAACUGAAUAAAUGAG